AUGUCCACUGAGGUUGACGAACUACGACGCCUUUUCGCAGAGGAAAGGGAGAAGAUAUCCAAAACCAACAUUCCUGCUUCCCUUGACGGUGUCCAUAACCACUUCUUCCAUGGUCUCGCAAUUCAGCAGGAUAAGACACAAUCUACGCGUGGAGAUCCCGCCAACGCGACCAACAAACUGCGCCCCAGAAGACUCAAAGCCUACUCUGUUCACUUCUCUUCAUACCCUGGAAGAAACUGGAGAGACAUCCGGCGGCAGCUUGUUGGCUCGGAACUAGACCUUAAUCACUUUCUUCGCCAGACCGUGGAGGACCAUGUUUCGAAAAUCAUCGAAGAACUCUACAGCGAUCCAAGACUGCGACAGACAUUUGGGUUGAGAGGGUCGAUACGCUUUGAGAACCACUCCAAUACACUGAGCCCCGAGUGGGAACUUGAGAAGCGAAUGCAGAAUAUCGAUAUUCGUGGUCGGCCACAACGAUGUUCACCGCGUCUAGCUGCCCGAGAACAAAGCGAACCAAGCACCAUAGCGACCCGUGGCCCGAGAACCCCGCCUCCCGCGCGAAGCAGCCGGCCUCGUGCCGAUCAAUUCUGCGUCUACAACAACCCCAGCCAAUCAUCCGAAUCGAUCGAUCGCGUUGCAGCUUAUAUCAAAUAG